AUGCUAGAGAUCACGGCAAACCAAGGUUUGAUUCUGUCUCUUCGGAAGGCCUUGGCGCCGCUCACUGACAUUUCUGUGAAAGCCAUUAUCAAGUGCUCAUCGGAAGGGAUAGAGCUGAUGGCACUGAAAACUGACAGCAUCAUGGGGGUUCUGAAAUUCCGAUCAUUAGACUUCCAGCGCUUCGUCUGCGAUACCGAAUGGAUCAGUUGGGUCAACCUCUAUGACUUGUACCAGACCCUGUCCAUCGUGGAUGACGAGGAGUACUGCACGGCCACCACAAAUUAUGGCCUGUCCAACGUGGAUGACGAGGAGUACGGCUCGGCCACCAUUAAUUAUGAGAUUGGGGACCCCGAGCUCCAAUUUGUGUUUAAGAAUUGCAGAACUCUCAAUAAGCUCUUCUGUCGAAUUGAAUUGACUGAAAUGGACCCUGAUGAAAUUGUACCGGAUGAGUCAAAAACAGAAUACAAUCUGGUUGCUGCGAUACCUUCAGAGGAGUUUAGGUGCAUUCUCAAGCAUCUGUCUUUCUUUGGGCCCCAAGUUUUUAUAGCUAUAACGGAUAAACAAGUGACGUUCUCUGCAUUGAAUGCGGAAAUUGUCCUUAAGAAAGAGAAGAGGAUACUUGUAUCAAACACUUACCUUGCCCUUGGUGUUGUCUGUCUACAGCUUUCAGAAUGCAUAAUUGGGGGUUAUGCUGAGGAUCUUACUGUUCAAUUGAGCUUUGAGAUGGAGCACAUUAGACCCUUAAUAAAUGCGUCACUUCUAUCAAACAGAGUCUGGAUACUCCAUUCUGAUGAGUCGUUUACGCUUCUCCAAUUAAAUUUUCCUGUUGGAGCACUGGGUAACAUCAUGUUUUACUUCAUAUAA